AUGCCGGAAGUCUUUGGCCUGCGUUGGAGCGCGAGUUCCUGGAUAUGUUGAACCGACAGUUGAUGAGACUCUUUAAAUGUAUUCAAGCUGGUCGCUUAAAAAUCUACAGAAAUGUCUCCACUUCGUGGUCUCCGGUGGGAGCGGCUUUCAAUGACAAACCGAGGAGAAAGGUGGAUCUGUUUGGGAAGAACGUGGGUCUUUUUGGUGUACAUGAGCUGAACUCCCCAGUAGGAUUUCAGGUGGCUCAAGAAAAUGCACUGAACGAAAUGGAGCAAUUAGUGGAACAAGCAUGCAGAACACCACCUGGUCCUCAAGUUGUUCAAAUCUUUGACAGACUUUCAGACUGUCUUUGUAGAGUUGCUGAUUUGGCAGAUUUUGUUAAGGUAGCACAUCCAGACCCUUCAUUUCGGGAAGCAGCGGAGAACACCUGUAUGACCAUUGGCACAGCGGUGGAAAAAUUGAACACUAAUAUUGAACUUUGUAAUAGUUUGAAAACCUUACUGAAUGAUAAGGAAGCCAUGGAUUUGCUGGAUCCAGAUACAAGGAGAGUGGCAGAGUUGUUUAUGUUUGACUUUGAGAUCAGCGGAAUUCAUCUGAAUGAGAAGAAGCGUAAAAAGGUCGUGAACCUUAACGUUCAGAUGCUGGACUUGAAUAAUAGUUUUCUGCUGGGCACUCAUUUACCCAACAAGAUUGAUCGAAGUGCUAUCCCAGAACACAUUCAGCACUACUUCUCCAUACAGAACAAUUAUGUUCAUGUGAACAGUCUUCAUGCGGAUGUUCCCGAUGACUUAGUGCGAGAAGCUGCUUACAAGAUCUUCUUGUAUCCCAACCCUGAAAUGCUACUGUGUUUGGACCAACUAUUGGCUUGUAGGAACCAAUUGGCACUCUUAGUUGGUUAUGAAAGCUUUGCACACAGGGCAUUAAAAGGCACAAUGGCCAAGGACCCAGAAACCGUGAUGUAUUUCCUCUCAAGAUUGUCAGAAAAACUAUCUAAAAGAACUGUAAAAGAUUUUAGUAUGAUGCAAGAAAUAAAGAAAAGAAUAAAUCCAAGAAGUUCUGAACUGAUGCCUUGGGAUCACCCUUAUUAUAGUGGUGUGCUUCGUGCAGAAAGGUUUAAUAUAGAGCCAGGCCUGUAUAGCCCAUUUUUUUCUUUGGGAGCCUGUAUGGAUGGUUUGAAUCUGCUUUUCACCCGGUUGUUUGGUGUCUCACUAUGUGUAGAAGAGCCAGAGAAAGGGGAAGUCUGGUCCGAUGAUAUCCGAAAACUGGCUGUGGUUGAUGAAACUGAUGGACUUGUAGGAUACAUUUACUGCGAUUUCUUCUAUAGAUCUGACAAACCUAAUCAGGACUGUCACUUUACAAUCCGGGGUGGCCGAUCAUUGGAGAAUGGGGAGUACCAGCUUCCUGUUGUAGUUUUGAUGCUCAGUCUGCCUCAUCCAACAGCAUCCUCUCCAACGCUUCUAACUCCUGGAAUGAUGGAGAAUCUCUUUCAUGAAAUGGGUCAUGCCAUGCAUUCCAUGCUAGGCAGAACUAGAUACCAACAUGUAACAGGUACAAGAUGUCCGACAGAUUUUGCAGAAGUACCUUCAAUUUUGAUGGAAUACUUUGCCAAUGAUUAUCGUGUGGUGAGGCAGUUUGCAAGGCAUUACCAGACAGGACAGCCAUUGCCUCAGAAUAUGGUUACUCGGCUUUGUGAAUCUAAGAAGCUUUGUGCUGCUGCAGACCUGCAACUUCAGAUCUUCUAUUCAGUCCUGGAUCAAAUCUACCAUGGAAAGUACCCUUUACCAAAAUCAACCACUGAGAUAUUAAAGGAAACCCAAGAAAACUUUUACGGACUGCCAUACGUAGAAAACACGGCAUGGCAACUACGUUUUAGCCACCUUGUUGGAUAUGGUGCUAAGUAUUACUCCUAUCUAAUGUCAAGAGCAGUAGCCUCCAUGGUUUGGAAGCAGUGUUUCAUGAAGGACCCACUUAACAGGAUUAUGGGAGACCGCUAUCGCAGAGAGAUGUUGGCACAUGGUGGCGGAAAAGUACCUAUGUUCAUGGUUGAAGAUAUGCUUCAGAAGAAACCUACAAUGGAUGACUUUGUUGAUGCCUUAGUGGCAGAUCUGGAUUUAAACUUUGAAACAUACUUGGUAGACUCUGAGUAAUUGAUACAUAAGUCUGCAAAAAUAUUUGAAUUACAUCAACAUUCAGGACAUAAUACUGUAUGUGUGUAUAUAUUGUGAUUUAUCGACAUAAUUUCAAUGUCAUUAAUAUUUUGUAGUGAU